GUUGCCAAAAUUCUUGCUACCAGUCUGAUGGAUGGUUUAUCCUCAUGUCAAUGAUUUUGCUGUAUGCCUUUAUUAAGGUUGUAACCUCUGUUGGCAAAGUUACUGACAUGAGGAACUGAGUUAUUGGUGAACCCCAAAUAAUCCCUUUAGUUUGAAGGCUUUAAUUUCGAUUUAAUUGGAUGGAUAAUGAAUCUUAGUUUCCAAUAAUUGUUAAGUGGCUGUUACCGUUUGUUCAGCCCGUCCUAAGUUCCCGCACAAUUAGUAUGUCAUGCAAAGAAGCCAUUACCAUUGUGUGGCUGGUUGUUAUAUUUUGUAAAUAACCUAGGUGCUAAUGUAAACACAUUAGGUAGUGCUCUAUACUGCUAGAGCUGAGCCAUCCAAUUAGAUAAAAUAACGUCCGUGGUCACCUGUUAUGGGUACUGAAAAUAGUAAGCAUCCUUUGAAUCAAUGCUUGCCAUUUUCAUUCUUAAAACGAAUAUACUUAACAAUAGAAAAAAGGUUUCCGUUCUUAACGAAUAUAUCGUAUUAUUUAUUUCAUUUAUUUAUUUUUAAUAUAUGGUCCCUAGAUAAGGGACAUAUCAGAUAUUUAAACUGAUAAAAACCCCAGAUAUUAUGCUUGAUCUUGGCCAAAAACCCGAGAUCUGAUCUAGGUUUGAUGCGUCAAGCGCCAUAUCCUAUUUUGUUAGGAAGGGAAUGCGUAGAUAAUAAUUCUUCCCUUACAAUGCAGCUAAAACCCCUCCAUUGCUGAUGUCCAGUGUCUGUAUCCCAUAUGACAUAUUUGGUAAUUGGUGAUAAUGUCUGGAUACGAGUAGAUCGGCAUCUGGUGUUCCAUAUCGUGUAGAAACCUCAGCAAAUACUAUAGCCCAAUAUCCAUUUGGUGUUCUCCUCCAAAUUCCUCUCUCGAUAUAUCAGCUGGACUAGAAAAUUAUGUGUUGUAAAAUUCUAUUGUGUAUCCCCGGAUACUGUUUAAGAUACGAGUGUCAAAAAAUUAUUUAUUCGAUGUCUUCUCGCACCAACCUCCUUGCUUCCUUCUGGUUUUACUGUUUUCAUCUGGAUCCCCGAGGCCGUGUGUUGAGGGUGUACACAUCUUCAGAUAUAGUGGUGAUACCUUUGAGGAUGAUGUUUGGACGUUUAGAUGAGCUCCAAUUUGGCUUCAUUGUCCAACUCCUUGACCUUCUAGAUCGGUCACCUCCAAAUAAAGAUAAUGCUAGGAGGUUUCGGGUUUACACAGGCCUGUGUCAAUCCCGAUUUGAUGUAACCAGAUUCAUAAGUUGAUUAGUUUAGUACAUUCAGGGAUUUACAAUCCCCAGUGGCAAGUGACCGCUAUGGUGUCAGCUAAUGUUUGCCCCUGCAGUAGAGAGAGAACAUAUGGUCUAUGCUGGUUUCUAACCUGGUUUGUAGAUCUUUCCCAGUUAGCUUUACUCACAGCUGUACUGUUGUUCCCCCUGAAACAUAGACAGACAUCCCAUGUGACUUCCCAGAUGGGAAUGGAAUUUGUCAGUAAAUUUUUUGGACUGCUAAAUCCUUCAGUCACAACAUAAGUAUUCCUGUAUUUCUAUCAGGAAAAGACCAAUAAUGCACUCUAUGUACUUUGUGACUUAGAAAAAGCUUCACCUCAUUAUUAUAGCUCUUACAUCUGUUUACCUGUCCAGGGUUUGCCCUAGACUUGACCCCAGCACUCUUCUGACAAAAGAGUCUACUGGAGGGAGAGAAGCAUGAUUAUAGCCCUAAGAAAAGGUGCUGCUUCCUUCUCCCUAAGUCUGUCUUUUCCUCCAGCACUUCCCUAUAAUAGUGGAAGUGAGAUACAGCCCUGUAUAAGGUGCUGCUAUGGGACUUACCCACUCGAGGAUUUGCUCUUCUCUUUUUUGGACCUGCAUCGCUGCAAACGCGGUAUGUUCUCGCAGGUGCAGGUCCCGCAGUGUCUACGCGUCGCAGUGCUCACGGGCACUGAGUUCCUUGUAGUGCCGUUGGCCUGCGGUGCUCCACAGCGCGGUGUAGUGCUCACGGCACUGAGCCGCCCGUCUACCGUUUGCCUGCGGUGCUCCAACGCGGUUCAGUCCGCUCGGGGAGCUGGCCGCUCGCAACCGCAGGAAUUCUGCAAACACCAACACGAUUAUGCACAUCUGGCUUCUGUGUCCUCGGGUGAACACAACAUAUUCCUUAAGAAAAUGAUUGAUGCACGGAACAAUACAUGUCCACAAAUUUGGAUUGGACUAAACGACAUAUUGCGGGAAGGGACUCUCGUAUGGGUUGAUGGAUCUACUCAUAUUUAUCGACAUUGGCUUCAGGGCGAACCUAAUGACAAUGGAGGCAUCCAAGAUUGUGUGGUCAUUAACAAUGAUGAUGAGGGACUUUGGAGUGAUCGAUCUUGUCUUGAAACGGAAGGUUAUAUUUGCUCCUAUCAUUGAACCAGCGAUUAGAAGACUCCAGAAUGGUCCACUCAUCCUUUCCAGCAGUGGAUCCAGUGCUUUGAUUUCCUUGUAGCCGCUCUCACUGUCUGUGCUGACUGUACUCACUGAGCUUCUCAGCCAAUAAUAAAGAGAACUGCAACAUGA